GUAGAUUGGGACAAAGCCUUCCAGCUGCAAGGUCUUCAGGAUGGUCUCUAUCAUGCUGUGAAAGUCAUGGCAGAGGCUAGACGUGUCCACAUGGAGCCCUAUUUUUACCAGGCAGCACUGCACCCAGAUGCAGCCAUGUUAUGUCAGAACGAGCUCAGAAGUGACCCCUUCCACUUGGGAAUGCUCAACCCAUCCCAUGCAGCCCAACUCAAUGACACCUAUGAAUUUGGAGGCAAUGAUCAGAGCCUGCACUACCUAAGGAGUCUGGUUGAGGACUUCCCAAAUGCUUGUCUCCUAGAUCAGAAAGGGCAGCUGGUUGCCUGGAGCCUAAGUGAUGCCCUUGGAUGCCUGACACACGGCUAUAUUCUUCCUGAGUACCGGGGAAAGAGACAUAUGAAAACAGUGGUGCAGGCAAUAGCCAGAAAGUUGCAUGCUAAAGAUUUUGCCUUGUAUGCUAGAGUUCGGCCAGAGAAUGAGAUCUCCAAGAAACAUUUAAGGGGCCACGGCUUUUAUCUCUUGCCUUGGACAAAGUAUAUUCUUUUUUUCAUUCCAAAUCACAUGAAAUAG